AUGGUUAAAGAUACUAAGCUCUACGACACCCUGGGAGUUGCUCCCACGGCCAAUGAGUCUCAACUGAAGACUGCCUACAAGAAGGGUGCUCUUAAGUUCCACCCUGAUAAGAACGCCGACAACCCGGACGCUGCUGAGAAGUUCAAGGAGCUUUCCCACGCCUACGAGAUUUUGUCCGAUCCUGAGAAGCGUCAGAUCUACGACCAAUAUGGUGAGGAGGGUCUUGAGCACGGAGGUGGCGGCGGUGGUAUGAACGCCGAGGAUCUGUUCUCUCAGUUCUUCGGUGGCGGCGGUGGUGGUGGUUUCGGCGGCAUGUUCGGCGGUGGCAUGCGUGAACAGGGCCCCAAGAAGGCUCGCACAAUCCACCACGUGCACAAGGUUAACCUGGAGGACAUCUACAAGGGCAAGGUCUCCAAGUUGGCUCUGCAGAAGUCGGUCAUCUGUGCUGGCUGCGAUGGCCGCGGUGGCAAGGAAGGUGCCGUCAAGGAGUGCACUGGCUGCAACGGUUCCGGUAUGAAGACCAUGAUGCGCCAGAUGGGCCCCAUGAUCCAGCGUUUCCAGACCGUCUGCCCCGACUGUAACGGCGAGGGCGAGAUUGUCCGCGACAAGGACCGCUGCAAGCGCUGCAGCGGAAAGAAGACCGUUGUUGAGCGCAAGGUGCUCCACGUCCACGUUGACAAGGGUGUCCGUGAUGGCCACAAGAUCGAGUUCCGUGGUGAGGGUGACCAGAUGCCUGGUGUUCUCCCCGGUGAUGUUGUUUUCGAGAUUGAGCAGAAGCCCCACCCCCGCUUCCAGCGCAAGGGCGACGACCUGUUCUACCAGGCCGAGAUUGACCUACUCACCGCGCUUGCCGGUGGCACUAUCCACAUUGAGCACCUUGACGACCGAUGGAUGACUGUCAACAUCGCCCCUGGCGAGGUCAUCGUUCCUGACGCCAUCAAGGUUAUCCACGGCCAGGGUAUGCCCUCUUUCCGUCACCAUGACCACGGUAACCUGUACAUCAAGUUCGACGUCAAGUUCCCCCAGAAGGAUCAGUUGCAGAACCUCGAACUCCUUGAGAAGGUUCUCCCUCCCCGUGUCCACCAGAACCAGCCCCCAGCCGAUGCUAUGGUUGAGGACUUUGAGCUUGAGAGCAUCGACGGCAGCGAGCCUUCCCAGGCUCGUGCCCACGGUGCCGCUAUGGAUGAGGAUGAUGACGAUGUUCCUGCCGGUGCCGAGCGGGUGCAGUGCGCUUCGCAGUAA